AUGCGUUCUUCUGCCUCUGUCAUCGUUCUUGCUUCGGUCAUCGGCAUCGCCGUCGCGCAAUCGCCAUCAUCAUGCACUGACGCCGAUUCAUGUGUGCUCAAGUAUGCCGACGGAGAGAUGUCAUGCGCAAAAAUCAUGGGCGUAAAAGCAUGCUACGAAAAGUACUGUCCCCAGCUCGGCGUCCCCUUUGAGUUAAACUCGUAUAUCGAUGCCUGUGAAAACGGCGGAACUCUGCCCGGAUCGGAUUCUGGAUCGGGAUCUGGCUCUGGCAGCGAUACGGACAACAGCGAGACUGGAACUCGCACUGGCAGUGGCAGCUCAAGCACUAGCACCAGCGGCAGCGGAAGUAGCAGCGGAGGCACCUGCACCGAUCGCCAGGCCUACACGGAUUGCAUUAACCCCCUCGCAAAGUUAGACCAGACAUGCAAGGUGAUCUUGCAAGCAGCAAAGUGCUUCGAUAACUACUGCCCUCAGCGCGCCUUCCAAAUCGAGGAAGAAGUAGCCGCUUGCCAGACAUCUAGCAGCGGCAGCAGCAGCGGUAGCAGCAGCAGCGGUAGCACCCGCACGAGCAGUGCCGACGACAGCGCGAGCACCGGUUUCAACAGCGGCAUUCCCGGCGGCGAUAGCACCCGUUCCUCUUCUGCUGCGGACAGCACCGGCACUGGUUUCGACCUUGGCUCCAGUGGCAACUCUACAACCGCUGACCCGACCAACACUUCCUCCAAAGGUAAUGGCCCUGUCUCCACCAACAGCCCCUCCAAGGAGGGCGCCGCCGAUAGGCUCUUCGCGCCUGCCGGUGCCAUUGUUGGCUCCAUGAUCGCUAUCAUGGCUUGGCUGUAAGAGAUUGAUCGGAUGUGAUGGAGUUGGAUUGGAGUGGUGGAGGCGUGUAAUGUUCACAGCACAUACUUGUGUUCCCUUGUAUUUUUCCUUUGUUUUGGCGGAAAAGUGGCUGAAAUUUGACAGCUUCGAGCCGAGUUGAUAAAAUAAUAAUUAUCGCAAUUUGA